UUUAGGAGCAUUGAAACUUUCAAAAAGAUACACAAGAUAAAAGGAUGGGAUUUUUCAAACUAAAGCAGACUGGAAAUCAAGUACAGAUUGGACAACGCAUUGGCUUUAGAGUGAAUUAUAACAGGAGAGGAAAUGGAAAGGAAGGCGGAAUGGCCAUAAAUUUUAGACGCGAUAUGAAAGAAGGGAGCGAUAUUAUUCUGCAUUUCAAUCCACGGCAUCCAUCAUAUCAAAUAAUUCUGAACUCUUUCCUUGAUGGAAGAUGGCAACGAGAAGUCAUCACUGAUGCGAAUGAGGCAGUAUUUUCGGACGAGUUUACGUUUUCUUUGGACAUCGUAGAUGAAAAGACUAUCUUAGUUAGAGUCGGAGGUGGAAUAUUGACGACAUAUACCUGCUCUGUACCUAUAACCGAAGCAGAAUACCUAGAAUUCUCUCCUGAAUAUAGGAUUACCGAGGAACAUCAUUGACAAAAUUGUAGUUAUUAAGAAAGUUUAAGAUGAAAAAUUAAACCAUUGAGUUUUAACGAAGCUUUAUACAAAGUGUGUUUUCACUUGCUUAAAAUGUGUCCUCAGUUUCUGGAA